AUGUCGAAGGAGCUCACUCGCGGCCAAGUUGCGUCGGCUCAGCUUGAUGGGGACUACUCCAUCAAGUCAGAAGAGUCUACUCCGAAACUCGACACGUCUCAAUGGCCAUUACUCCUAAAGAACUAUGACAAACUUCUGGUUCGCUCCAGUCACUUCACGCCUAUUCCUCAUGGCUGCAGUCCAUUGAAACGGGAUAUACAAUCAUAUAUCAAGUCAGGCGUCAUCAACUUGGAUAAGCCGUCUAACCCAUCGUCACAUGAAGUGGUCGCAUGGCUCAGACGGAUUUUGAGAGUUGAGAAAACGGGUCAUAGUGGUACUCUGGACCCAAAAGUAACAGGCUGCUUAAUUGUGUGUAUUGACCGUGCUACGAGGCUGGUAAAGUCUCAGCAAGGAGCUGGAAAGGAAUAUGUUUGCGUUUUACGGCUCCAUGCUGGCUUGGAAAAUCCUUCAGCUCUACCUCGAGCUUUGCAAACGCUCACAGGUGCACUAUUCCAACGUCCUCCUCUUAUUUCAGCUGUCAAACGACAACUCCGUGUUCGAACGAUAUAUGAGUCGAAGCUUCUUGAGUUUGAUGAAAAGAGAAAUCUAGCGGUAUUCUGGGUUAGUUGUGAGGCUGGGACGUACAUCCGGACAUUAUGUGUACAUCUCGGGCUAUUACUGGGUGUCGGGGGACACAUGCAGGAGCUACGGCGUGUACGAAGUGGUGCCAUGAGUGAAAACGACGACAUUGUUACCAUGCACGAUGUUAUGGAUGCACAAUGGAUGUACGACAAUACUCGAGACGAGUCGUAUCUUCGUCGAGUCAUCCGCCCGUUGGAAUGCCUUUUGGUUGGCUACAAGCGUAUAGUCGUGAAAGAUAGUGCCGUGAAUGCUGUUUGCUAUGGUGCCAAGCUCAUGAUACCUGGUCUGCUACGAUACGAGAAUGACAUCGCUCUCAAUGAAGAAGUUGUUCUCAUGACCACCAAGGGCGAGGCCAUUGCAUUAGGAAUUGCGCAAAUGACGACAGUUGAACUCGCGACUUGCGAUCAUGGUGUGGUCGCAAAAGUGAAGAGGUGUAUCAUGGAACGAGACACGUACCCUCGACGAUGGGGUUUGGGACCAAAGGCAAUGGAAAAGAAGAAAAUGAUUAAGGAAGGGAAACUAGGCAAGCAUGGAGAGAAGAUUGAAGGUGUGACACCCGCGGAAUGGAGUAAAGACUAUGUUGACUACACGCGAGACGAUCCGGCUGCUGGACCUUCAACACUUGCUCCGGCACCAGUGCCUGCCGCCGUACCUACGACAACAACUGACGAGAAACCGGCCGAAGUGACUGAGGAGAAGAAAAAGGAGAAGAAAGAAAAGAAAGAGAAAAAGGAGGAGAAAAAACGUAAACGGAAGUCAGAAGGGGUACCGGAUGCAGAUGGGGAUAUUUCCAUGGCAGUCAGUACUGGUGGUGAUGAAGAGCGAAAAGAAACGGAGGAGGAGCGGGCGGAAAGGAAACGGAAGAAGAAAGCUGCUAAGGAAGCUGCCAAGGCGGCUGCCGCGAACGGUGAUGAUGGAGAAACGAAAGAGCGCAAGCGUAAAAAGACUGAGGAGUAGGAAUUUAUUUUCCAUAUGUGCUUAUGCCAUGUCCUGUAUAUACUAGUUUUUCUUGCCAAUUGACUUAC